AUGAAGUUAACAGCCAUUGUCAGCUUUUGGGUUCUGGCCCUCUUCAGCUCUGUCCUCGGAGCCGAGGUCGUUCCUAGGUCCACCCUCAAAGAGGUCACCAGUUAUGGCAGCAACCCAACAGGCACCCGCAUGUUCCUGUACGUGCCUAAGAACCUAAAGUCCAACCCUGCUGUGGUUGUCGGUCUUCAUUACUGCACCGGAACUGCCCAGGCCUACUUCCAGAGCAACCAGUGGGCUUCCAACGCCGAGAAGUACGGCUUCAUCGUCAUCUACCCCCAGACACCUUACACCCCCGGUAACUGCUGGGAUGUUUCGUCCAAGAUGACCCUGACCCACGAAGGUGGUGGAUGCAGCAACUCGGUUGCCAACAUGGUCAAGUUUGUUCUCAAGGAGUACAGUGGUGACUCUAAGAGGGUAUUUGUCACUGGUGACUCCUCCGGUGCCAUGAUGACUAACGUCAUGGCCGCCACCUACCCCGACGUCUUUGCAGCCGGAAUUGCCUACGCAGGUGUCCCCGCCGGCUGCUUCAUGAGCGCCGCCAACCAGCCCGCCGCCUGGAACUCAACCUGCUCUCAAGGACAGUCCAUCUGGACCCAGAACCAGUGGGCCAACGUUGUCAGGAACAUGUACCCCGGCUACAACGGACCUCGACCCAAGAUGCAGAUCUACCACGGAACCGCCGAUCCUACCCUUAACGUCCAGAACUACUACGAGACCAUCAAGCAGUGGACUGGAAUCUUUGGUUACUCCACUACUCCCCAGUCUACCACCCAGAACUUCCCCCGAAACCCCUACAAGCGAGAGAUCUUUGGAGAUAAGCUCCAGACUUUCUUGGGUACCGGUGUUACACAUGCAGUUGACCACUUCCCCGAUGAGGACCUGAAGUUCUUUGGUCUUGCUUAA